AUGGAGUGGUUGUCGGCCGCAGUGGAGGCCGUCUCUUCCCUCUGGGAGGAUCCGGCCCCUCCCCAAAAAGAUUUUCCACGAACGUUGGAAGGCUUCGAGAAGUUGCUGAGCCUGGUAGCGGACGGCCUGACCACGUCCCUACCGCAUCUGCCUUCGCAAGCAGAUGCCCUCGCGGAACAGAUCGAGCAUCUCGGCUUCGCGCUCUCCUACUCGGAGGAGAAGGGCACCGGCUUCUUCCGCGUCUUUCAAGAGCGGAAGGUCAUGGCCCUCCUCGUGCAGCACGGUCUCCUCGCGCAGCACACCCUCCGCCGGGUCAGGGCGGCUCUGUUCCGCACAGUGGCGAUGAUCCUGGUAAAUGUGAAGGACGAGUCGUUUCCGCACCUCCUCGAUCAGCUUAACCAGCUGGCACAGGGGCAGCCCGAGAUCCCGGACAAGUCUCAGGAUGUGCUCGGCAACUACAUCGCUGCACUGAAGCGGAUGGCGCUCCGGCUCACCCCACAGAAUGCCGACCAGUUCCUGGACGCCACAGCUGGCCCUGAGGGGGCGAAGCUGCCCCUCAUGGAGGAGGCUGCACGCUAUGUCUUCCACGGCUACGACAUGGCCCAGAUUGGAUCGAGAGUGGUCUGUCUCUGCCUCCUGAAAUCCAAGAAUCCUCGUGUGCAUGGUGCAGCCGUCGAGGUGUUGACCAGCAAAUUGCUGCCGGAGCUGGCCGAACGGCUGCAUUGCGCUUGGGCUCAAAUGGCAACGGCCAUGCAGCAGGACAACUCCAGUGCCCUCCAAGCCGCGCUGGCGAAGGAGAAGGAUGUGCUGGAUUUCAUUACCGACCUCGUGAGCCUUGGGCAGCCUGCGGUGACGCAGGCCGUGGCAGAGUUGAUCGUUUGCGGGCCUCUGCUCUCCCAGCUGCACGUGCUGGCAGCGCGGCACAGGUACGUGAACAGACCCAAGAGCAUCUGGGAGAUACUCAUGAUGGAUGUCGAGAACAACGGGCCCGUGCCAUCGCCGGAGUGUGUCGACGCCAUGCAGGCCGCCGAAGCGGAGAGGGCCUGUGCUGCCGAAGAGGAUCCACCGGACCAGCUUGCUGCCGUUCUGGCUGUCCGCUCGCUGGCCAAUUUCUUGCAGAGGAUGCAGACAGAGCGUUUGUCGGGAGUCGUGGUCCCGUUGAUUCAGCUGCUGCUGUGGCCAGCGGUGCCCGCAGCACUGGCAGAGAGCAAGGGGCCAGCGAACGCUGACAAGACAAGGGCAGCGGUUCAGGCUCUGGCCGAGCUGUGCACAGCCUGCGGAGUGGAGGAAGCGGCGCUUGCAACCUCUGAGGUGUCCGCACAGCAGCGCUCGUCGGAGAGGCAGAUCUGGCUUCGAGAUUGCACUGGCGCAGAUCUUUUGGGUAAGGAGAAGGGGAUCAGCAAUCCUUUCCGCGGGGCCGUGCAGGCCAUGCUCCACGACCAGAGCAUGAUGGGCGUCUCGGGCCUUGAGAAUGGCUUUGGACGGUGCUGCUGGGCGGGCAGCAACGACAGUAUGGUGCCGUGUGCUGCGGUGGCAUCUUAUUUGCUGCACCAGUGCCAAGACAUCCACCCGAUGCUGCUCGAGACUUCCGGGCUGUUGCCGAAGAAGGCCGAUAUGGCUGAGCCUUCUGUAUAA